UAUGACAUGGAAACACUGCUAAUUGUUGAAAUUUACUAGAUUCUCAUGUUAGCUGAGAGCUUGUGGUUAACCUUCCUUUGUUCUUCACAGAUCUUGACCUCCGUGCUGGCGGCUGCUGUAGCCGCUCCUCAGGGCUACGGCCUGCCCGCGCCCUCUGGUCCAGGGUUAUCCCUCGGUGGCUCAGGAGGAGGAUUCUCCUCUGGAGGUGGAGGAUUCUCCUCUGGAGGUGGAGGAUUCUCCUCUGGAGGUGGAGGAUUCGUCUCUGGAGGUGGAGGAUUCUCCUCUGGAGGUGGAGGAUUCUCCUCUGGAGGUGGAGGAUACUCCUCUGGAGGCGGAGGAUUCGUGUCUGGCGGCGGCGGCGGCUUCGUAUCUGGCGGCGGCGGCGGCGGCUUCGUCUCUGGCGGCGGCGGCGGCUUCGUCUCUGGAGACUCUGGGUUCCAUGGAGGCAGCUGUGGCGACGGGCAGGUUCGCCAUGUGGACGGCAGCUGCAUCACUCCACAAGUUACCAGAAAUCUCUAUGUGUUCACAUCCCCUGAGAUUCCCAGAGGAAUUGGUCCACGACCAAACAUUCCCCCACCGAGAGUCGAGCACAACGUGAUAUUCAUCCGGGCUCCUGAAGGAGGUUUUGGCGUGGAACCCAUCGUUGUGCCUCCGCCGCAGCAGAAGAACGUCAUCUACGUCCUCAACAAGAAUGUUCAGCAAGGUCAACAAGUGGUCCACGUUCCGGCACCUGAGCCACAAACUCCUCAGGUGUUCUUCGUCAACUAUGGUGAGGGCGACAACCCAACUCUGCCUACGGGAGAGGACCUUCAGUCUGCCCUCAGUUCCGCUUCUCAUGGUAGCGGUCAGGUCAUUGGUGGUGGCAUUAGUCUUGGUGGUGGUGGUGGUGGCGUUGGCCUUGGUGGUGGCGUUGGACUUGGUGGAGGCACCUUCGUCAGCGACACGGCUGGCUUUUCUGUCCCUUCUGGCACGUACGGGGUGCCAUGAGAAGCUGCAGCUAACAAGCCUGACAUCAGUAGUUAUAUAAUCAUAUGGCUCUAUAUUUUUUGUAAAUAAAAAAUACUCAAAAUUUU